AUGUCCCAACACGGAUUUUACGUUUAUAUAAUAUCUUAAAAUUGGUUCUAAAAUUGGAAAAAAUACGUUUUUAUAAAAGAAGAUGAACAAGAAGACCUAAUAUAACAAAAAUAAAACCAAAAUAUUAUUUAAAAAGAUGAAAAUAUAUACAUAUAUCCAGGUUUAGUAGAUAAUUUUGACAUUUUAGACUAUAAAAUAAUCAUUUAAAAUUUUCAAAAGGAUCCCAAUAAAAUAAAAGAUUAUCAAAAUUAUCCUUUAAGGAAGCAUUUAUCCGAAAAAAAUCAUUUCGUAGUGCUUCCAGGUCCUGCGGGGGAUUUUUUAUUCAAAAAAUAUAACACAAACUAUAAAAUAAAACGGCUAAUUUUAAAUUCAAUAAACUAAGAAAUAAGUUAAGUCGAAAUCCACUUAAUUUAAAUAAACUUCAUUUUUUUUUAAUAAGAAUAAAUGGUUUUAACAACCUAAAUAAGUAAAUAGGAAAACAUAGAUUAACUAAAAUAUAAAUUAUUAAGAAUUUUUAAGGAAAGACAUCCAAAAAUAAACCCAAUUAAAAUAAACAUUUAUAAACUAGAAAAAAACAAUGAUAUUUAAUCUUUCAUUUAAUUAUAUUAAAAUAGAGAAAACAAAAUUCUGCCUUUAGAUAUAUUUAUUUUCGAAUAUAUUGAUAAUAAUAAUCCUGAAUUCAUAUUAACUUCAGAUAUAAAUAAUAUUCCAUAAAAUAAAUGCGGCUUUUGUAAAGAAAAUACAAAACCUCUUUCCUUAUGUGAAUGUAGAUUCAUAAAAUACUGUAAUAUAGAUUGUUUACGUAAACAUCGUCAUAAGCAUAAAUAAAUAUGCAAAAUAAAUUAAAGGCAAUAUCAAUAAUAUUAAUAAAAAUCACUUCCAAAAAGUUCUUAAUAUUAAAAAUAACAACAACAACAACAAAAUAAAGGCCUUUGUGGUCUCCAGAACAUCGGUAAUACCUGUUUUAUGAAUUCUUCAUUAUAAUGUUUAUCUAAUAUAUAAGAAUUAACGAACUAUAUGCUUUUAAAUAACUACUAAUUGGAUAUAAACUCUACAAAUCCACUAGGAACAGGUGGUUAAUUAGUAAAUGCAUACUCUGAAUUGAUAAAAAACAUGUGGAAUGGCCAAAAUACUACUUCUCCUUUUAAUUUAAAGAAAAUACUAUCUAAAUUCGCUCCUUAAUUCUUAGGUUAUUCAUAAUAAGAUUCCCAAGAAUUACUUUCUUACCUUAUAGAUGGUUUACAUGAAGAUUUAAACAAAAUUAAAUAAAAACCUUUUGUUUAAUAAAUAGAAUCUGAUGGCAAAAACGACGAAGAAACCUCUAAUUAAGCCUGGUAAAAUUACCUUAAACGAAAUAAAUCAAUAAUAGUCGAUUUAAUGGUAGGAUAGUUCAAAUCAACACUAAAUUGUCCUACUUGUAAGAAAAUUUCGGUCACUUUUGACCCUUUUAUGUCUUUAUCAGUACCUGUACCAUAUAUAUAAUAUAUUAACUUGAAUAUAUAUUAUAUUUCUUUCAAUAAAUUACCUUAAUAAAUAAUACUUAAGGUAUAAAAUAAAAUAGAAACUUUAUAAAAUAUACUCGAGAAAAUAUAAAGGAAAAUUACAAUUUCCGAAAAAUAAUUAAUCCUAUAUUCAAUAAAUAAUGAUAAGCAAAUUUUACAUUUUCAGUCUUUAAAUGAAAAAAUAUACAAAUUUUCAUCCCAAAACCUACUUUUUUUAGUAUAGGAAAAAAAAAAUGCUAUAUUUGAUUCUGAUUUAGAUUAAAAUAUAUAAGAGGAGUUUAUAUAAGAAAUAAAAUUAUAAAUAAUAGACUAAUUUAGGACUAAUAAUUAGUAAUAAAAUAUGAUCACUUUUGAACGUUUUUUUUAUAUAAAUAAAAAUUCUUCCAGUUAUAAAGAUUUACAUUACAAAGUUUGGAGAAUUUUUAGAUUAUAUAUGCAUUCUUAAUUAGAAUCAAAUAAUCAUAUUAAUAUUAUAAAUCUUGAAAAAAAUACCUUAUAGUAACUACAUGAGGAAUUCUAGCAUUUUUUUUCAAUAGAAAACGAACAAAAUCACCCUUACUAAUUAUUUUUUGACUAAAAAAACCCAAUAUAAAUCACAGAAGACCUAAAACUAAUACAAGACCCAAUAUUUAAAGGAUAAAACAAAUCGAAGACAAUAUACUUGAUUCCUCAAGAAAGCCUAUAAAAUCUUCUAUUUGACAAAUACGAAAACUUCAAUAGCCAAAAAAAGGAAGAAUAAGAAAGUUAAUAAAAAUAAACUUCGCUUUACGAUUGUUUAAAUUUAUUUGUAAAAGAAGAGAUUCUAUAAUAAGGAAAUGAAUGGUAUUGUAAUAUAUGUAAAUAACAUAAACAGGCUUCUAAAAAGAUGGAAAUUUAUAAAAUUCCCAAAAUAAUAAUUUUCCAUUUUAAAAGAUUUAAAAUGAAUAAACUCUCUUCUAUAGGGUCUUUUUAUUAUGCUUCUGGGGGUUAAAAAUUGGAUGAAUUUAUUGAUUUUCCUAUAUAAAAUUUAAAUUUAGGUAAUUAUGUACUCUCUAAUUUAAAAAAAGAUAAAAUUUUAUAUGAUUUAUUUGCAGUUUGUAACCAUAUUGGAAGCGUAAAUGGAGGACAUUAUACUGCUUUUGCGAAAAAUUUUCUUAAUUAGAAAUGGUAUGAUUUCAAUGAUUCUAAUGUUUAAGCUAUUUCAAAUGAUAAAAUUGUUACUUCUGCGGCUUAUUUAUUGUUUUAUAGAAGAUAAGAUAGUUAAUUAUGA